AUAUUCUUUGGUUAAGACUUUUUGAAUAUAAAGGUUAUUAAAUUGUUUAUGGAAACGAGGAAGCAUCAGUUUGAGCACUGAGAUGCGCCCAUGGAUCCGGUUAUAAUUCAGCCAUGUUGGUUUACUCUGAAGAGGACAUUUGCGGCCAUUUUCACUCGUUGGUGAUGACAUUGCUGUUUGCUUCACACAUGACAACAAAAAUAUUAAAAAUCCAAGAAGCAAACUCAUGUGACGUGUUUAUAUGAAUUAUAAUAACGGCUACACGUUUGGAAAAAUACUUUACUAAAAUGGCUGACGAAAACAUAUAUAAGCUCUUAAUCAAACUGACUCAGGAUGGACAUCUGUGUAAGAUUAAAAAUCAAAUAGAGGAAACGAGCGAAAUUAAACAGUCCAUGAAUGCACAUGUUGGGAAAUCUGGAGACACUCUGUUGCAUUAUGCUGCCAGACAUGGACAUUUAGAUAUUGUGAAGUAUUUUGUCGAGGAUUUGAACGUGGACAUCGAGCUGCACAAUAAUGAUUACAAGCGAGCUUUACACGAAGCUUCUUCCAUGUGUCACGAGCAGUGUGUUCGCUACCUUCUCGAUAAAGGAGCAAAAAUUGACUGUCUUAAGAAGGCAGACUGGACUCCUCUUAUGAUGGCCUGUACGCGCCGUAACCUUGAGGUGAUCAGAGUGCUUCUGGACCAUGGUGCUGACCCGACUCUGCAGAAUAAAGAUGGCUGGAACUCGUUUCACAUUGCGUGUCGAGAGGGUGAUCCAGCUGUGAUAGAGCACCUUCUGCACAUCAGGCCAGAAGUUUGGAGGACAGAGAGCAAGACACGCCGGACUCCUCUACAUACUGCUGCUAUGCAUGGCUGUCUGGAAGUUGUCAAGAUUCUUCUUGAGAGAUGUGAUUAUAAGCCUGAUGAGAAAGACAGCUGUGGCGUUACACCAUUCAUGGACGCUGUGAGAAACGGAUAUCUGGAUGUAGCCAAGCUGCUGCUGGAGAAACACCAAGCCUGUCCAACCGCUGUGGAUAUUCUGGGAGCGCAGCCACUACACCAGGCUUCUGUAACAGCUCAAGAAGAGGCACUGCGUUUCCUCGUACACGAGCUUAGUGUUGACGUGAACGUGAGAGCCACAGCAUUGGAGCUUACAGCUCUUCAUUAUGCUGCCAAGGAAGGACACACGGACACCAUAAAAACUCUGCUGCAGUUAGGUGCUGAUCUUCAUGCUAGGGAUAAGAAAGGACGCUCAGCGUUACACAUGGCAUGCAUCGGCCAGCAUGCGAUCACAGCGAGGGCCCUGUUACAGCUCGGACUCACAGAUACAGAGGACAGCACGGGCACUACGGCUAGACAGCAUGCCAAGAAACCAGACAUGACCAGAGUGUUCGAGAUGCCUGAGGAGCCAGAGCCUUAACAAACAGCUAUCCAGAUAAAUCAUAUUAAAUUAUAAUACUAAAGCAGUUCUGUGCAAAUGUGUUUGAAAUAAACGCUGUUUGGUUUGUUAACUUCCUUCUUUGAAAAUGACCUCCUAUUUAAGUUUAGGGGUGAAGUAAAAAGCAGUGAGGUUUUAAAAAAAGUUCUCAUACCCUGCCCCUGGGUCUAAGAAACACAGCAGAAGUUCUUUCAGAGGAAACCUUACAAAGAAACUGUUACUGGAGAUAAUGCAGAAUAAAAUAUAGACAUAGAUACUAUAUAUAACCCAUAUAUUUGUUGUUUUCUCUGCACUUACACACUUGGUCCAACUAAUCAAGUAAAUAGCAGGCCAUUUUCGUGAAACCACCGUAACGGGGUGCGACGAGGCUAAAGGCCCUAUAUGAACCAGUUAAAAUUAAUGCAGAAUAGUAAAUCUCCAAAACAAACUGAAUGAGACACAGAAAACAGUACUGACAAGCUAUUAUAAAGCAAGGCCUGUAAAGCAAAUUAGAUCAGAUUCUAAAUACUAAAGAGGAAUCUGGUGCAUAAGCUAAUUAGGUCUUAUAGAACUUAUCCUAGUAUGACAGUAGAUGGCAUACUGUACAUACUGUGCUUUGGCAGUAAAAUACUCCAUGCCACUCCAUACAUAUCUCAGUACAAUAUUCAUAUAUUUGAGACUAAAAAUGAAGGUGUUAAGGCUUCAACAAUGCACCUAAAGAACGUCCAUCAAUUAACUGGGGUCUUCUAAAAACUAAUGUGAAAAUGAAGUAGCAAAUGUAAAGGAAGAAAAUAAACAUGAUGGGAUUUUCUGUUAUAUGAAAAUAACCAACAAAAGGAUGGUGUGAAGCUUCCUCAUGUGACAACGUGUUAUGAAAUGUUUAAUUUCACUUAUUACACAGCAAUUUGCCAAAAAAAAAAUUUAUUUAUUAAAGAAUGACAUGACAUAUGUUUUAUCCAUUUAUAAUUGCAUUUAAUGCUGUGGAAUAUCAAUGAAGCAAGUUAGUUCCUAUUAUCACAUGCUUUAUAGCAGCACCAAUUUAUAUCUUUUUUUUUUCCCUUAUGAAGCUAGUAAGAUGAAAAAUGCAGCUUGUCAUUUUACCAAAGAACCAUAAAGCCUGUGUCAGAAAACUUAAAUUGACAGUUUUACCCAUGACCGUUACAAAGCACUGAUACUGGAGACUCCUUCCACGAAUGUUCAUUAAACAUCUCCACAUAGAAACAACUAUUUGUUUUUAAUCCGUAUAUGUGCAAUGUCCACCAAACAAGUCCCUGUCUAAAAUGUUGCUAUAGAAAUGAUAAAGUAUUGGAAAGAGUACAUUAAUGUAAACUUAAACGGCACUAUUGUUAGAGCA